CCUACCAACUUUCAGAGGCCGAGGCGUGUGGGGAAGUCGGGAGUCGCGAGCGGGAGGUCUGACCUCGCGCGUGGAGGGAACGUUGGCGGGAGAUGGCCAUCUAAUCGGAGAACAAGGUGACGAAAGUGGGUACCACAAUGGCUUUGCAGCUGAUACGCCCUUGCUUCCCUGCAGGACUUUUCACUGUGAAAGGUUCUUUCUAUCCUGGGCUGUGUUCUACUUCCAGAUUGAGAUCCAUUUCAAAGAAACAUUUGGCAAGGCCUAGAAAUGCACAUCAUCUCAGGUUUCUGGCCUUGAGACCUUUUAGUUCAUCCCCAGUGGUCUACAAGUUACACAGGAGAGAUCCGAAAGAGACACACUCUGCCACCACCUCUGAAGCAGCCAGCAAUGAGGAAGAGAAAUUUGAUGACGAUGAAGGCUUUGGGUUGUUGUCUGGUAAAUUUUCUUCUAGACAAAUUUUUCACAAAGCUUCUGAAGAAUUUCACAAUUUGCAACUCAAAAGCCAGGUGGAGGAAGAGGAGGAAUUGGAACCAAAACCCAGACAAGGUCCCAGGAAUACUCCGUAUUGGUAUUUCUUGAAGUGCAAGGCAUUGAUAAAAGAAGGCAAGCUGGCAGAGGCUUUGAACCUGUUUGACGUACAGAUGCUGAAGGAGGAACGUGUUCGGCCAGAAGAGAGCAAUUACACUGUCCUGAUCGGUGGUUGUGGCAGAGCUGGCUAUGUGAAGAAGGCAUUCAGGCUCUAUAACGAUAUGAAGAAGCGAGCCUUGACUCCGACUGAUGCCACAUACACAGCCCUGUUUAAUGCCUGUGCAGAGUCACCCUGGAGGGACUCGGGCCUGCAACAUGCGCUCAAGCUACGGCAGGAACUACUGAACAAAAACAUUGAGCUCAACUUAGUCACGUACCAUUCUCUGUUGAAAGUGUGUGCCCACUGUGCAGAUCUUCGGAUGUGCUUUGACAUAUUGAAGGAAAUCGCCCACAAAGGCCAUACGGUCACCACAGAGACUUUCAACUUCCUGCUUAUGGGGUGCAUAAAAGACAAAGAGAAUGGGUUUCGCUAUGCCUUGCAGGUUUGGCAGCAGAUGCUUAAGCUGAACUUAAAACCCGACAAUUACAGCUACAACUUGAUGCUCAGUGCUGCCAGAGACUGUGGCCUUGGUGACCCCCUUGUAGCUUCCAAUUUGUUGCUAAGAACUUCCGAGGAAAGCCCAACUAUCCCGAGACUGGAGGCUGGUAAGCAACACCAGAAGGCGAAAGGUCGACGAGGAAAGGAAGUAGAUGCUGGAGCUGCAAUGCAGUUGGAUGUGGAGAUGUUGGAAAAAUGUGUGUUCCCAGAGGACAGAAAACCUGAGCAGCAUGUCUAUAGCCAAAAAAACAAAAGCAAAAAUGAUCAUUGUGCAAAGGCAGAGACUAGUGAUAUCUCUACUUUGCCAGAUUCUGCUACGCCCAGGGAUUUGGGGAUCUCUGAUAAAAAACAGAUGGCUCCAGAUGUGGCAGAAGCAAACACUAUGUGUUUUUCCAAAGCCUCCUUCAACUUCCCCAACUUGUUGGACUCGCAGCCUCCCAACGAAAAUGUGAUCUCCUUAGGGACAGUGGCAACCCCCUCCGAUAGACUGGCACUCAUCGGGGACAUGGAGGGUUUCUUAAAGAGAAUGAAGGAAGAUGGUGCCACGUCCAAUAUCAAAACUUUCACACUGCUAGCUCAGCUGGUGCAGCCCAACAGCCAGUCAGAGUCUUCCUUGUUGACUGUGAUGGAGGAGCACAACGUGAAACCAGAUAUAACUUUUUUUAAUACCUUGGUGAGGAAGAAGAGCAAAGGAGGAGAUCUGGAAGGAGCAAAGAGCCUGCUGCCCCUAGUGCUGAAGGAGGGACUUUCUCCCAAUCUACAGACAUUUUGCAACUUGGCAAUAGCCUGCCGCAAAAAAGAGGAUGGACUGCAGUUACUCUCAGACAUGAAGCGUUCUGGAAUAAAUCCCAAUGUCCAGAUCUAUGGUGCACUCAUAACUGCAGCUGUGAAGAGACUGGACUAUGCCUACCUCACAGAGAUCCUUGCAGAUAUGAGUAGAAAUCGUGUUCCUCCAAAUGAAGUUGUCCUGCGCCAGCUGGAGUUUGCAGCCCAGUAUCCUCCUAACUUUGAUAGGUACAAAACAAAGGACUAUUACUUGGAGAAAAUUAAUGGCUUUCGAUCCUACUACUUCCGCUGGCUGAAGUGGAUGGAGGCUGAAGAAACACCACACCCUUGGGCAAAAUACAGAACUCCUAAGCAGCCAGAAAACAAACAUAAUACAGAAGAUGCACAAAACUACAGCAGCCAGAGGAGGUGGUAGAGAAAUAAAACCAAUGUUAAUACUC